UGGGCGCGCUUCUGGACUCUCGCCCAUCUGGGAAUCCAUCGUCGAGGAUGAGCUCCGUCCUGCGGAUUGGAAUAUUGACAAUCUCGGACACCUCGGCCAGAGAUGCAGCGACAGACAGAUCCGGACCUAUCCUAAGCCAAGCGUUCGAGGCGGAUCCAUCGGGCGCAUUCCGAGUGACGCAAAAGGCGAUCGUGGCGGAUAACGUUGAGGCUAUCCAGGCCAUUGUUCGAGGCUGGGUCGAUGUGGAGUCCGACGAUGCAGUCGAUGCAGUUGUGUCCACAGGUGGCACCGGCUUCGGGGCGCGAGAUGUAACUCCAGAGGCGUUUGAGCCGCUCAUUGACAGGCAGACGAGCGGGCUGACAGUUGCCCUCAAUAGCCAUUCGCUCACCAAGACGCCCAUGGCCGCUCUGUCGCGCCUCAUUACCGGUGUCAGGUUGCGUAGGACGAACUCUUCUUCGGUCACAAAGGCUUCAAUUUUGGAAGGUGUGGCGGGCGGUGCGCUUCUGGUGGCGCUUCCUGGGAGCUCCAAAGCUGUGCAAGAAUGCUGCGAAGUGCUCUUGGGCAGUCUCGAUCGGCAAGGCGUCCUCCGCCAUGCCCUCGAGCUUCUCCGGGGCGGCAGCGGAGAGGCGCAACAUGCGGCCAUGCAAGGUUCGCUGGGGAUACGACAAACUUCCUCGGCCAUCAAGGGCACCGAAACAGACACAGGCAGCUCCCACACGCACAACCAUCAUCAGCCCCACCACCACCACCAACACAAACAACACCAUCAUCACCAUCAUCAUCAUCACCAUCAACACCACAGUCACGGUAGCGGGGUCCAUGCUCAUCAAGCACCGAAGCCAAGGACGGCACAGCCUGGCGAUGCGGGCUACAAGACCCACGAUCCUGGGCAGGGGGCCUCGUCGCGACACCGGACCAGUCCUUACCCCAUCAUCUCCAUGGCGGAAGCCCUUUCUCUCAUCGACAAGCACACGCCGGACGGCCGACGAAAAGAGCCAGUCGUCAUGGCAGUAAAUGACAAGCUUGUCGGAUAUGUCUUGGCACAAGAUGUCGUGGCCAAGCGUGAUCUCCCGCCAGGGCCAACGACGAAUGUCGACGGGUAUGCCGUCAAUGCAUCUCAGACACCAGCAGGGACUUAUGCGGUGCGGACCAGCGUUGCGCUCGAGGAUGGUUUGAAGGCAGGUGAAGUCUUUCGCAUCAACACAGGUCAGGCCCUGCCGCGAGGCACAGACGCCGUCGUCAUGGUCGAAGACACGCGCUUGUUGGAGGCAGACGAGGCGGGGGAGGAGCGCACAAUCGACAUUCUCGCUCAGGUCGACUCGGGGGAGAAUGUCCGAAGAAGCGGCAGUGAUGUCAAGAAGGACCAGGCUGUGCUUUCAGCGGGUCUGCGUCUCACCGAGAUCGGGGGCGAGGUCGGCACCUUGGCGUUUCUGGGGUACACCGAGGUCAAAGUGUAUCCCAGGCCAACGGUGGCGCUUCUCUCGACCGGCAAUGAGCUGUACGACACGACCAAGGUCUCGCAGAGCGAAGAGGACGCCUGGGGCUUCCGUGUCUUUGAUGCGAACCGGCCCAGUCUGAGCUCUGCCCUGAAAGGUGCCGGUUACGAUGUCGUCGACCUGGGCAUUGUUCGUGACAACAUGGACGCGACCCUGGGUGCUCUGAACCGAGGUCUAGAGCAGGCCGAUGUCAUCAUUAGCACAGGCGGCACGUCGAUGGGCGAGAGCGACCUGCUAAAGCCUCUGAUCGAGCGGCACAUCUCGGGCGGGAAAGUGCACUUUGGUCGCGUGGCCAUGAAGCCGGGCAAGCCCACGACAUUUGCGACGGCCUCGGGGCAUGGCCAGACAGAUCGUGUCCUGUUUGCGCUGCCAGGGAAUCCCGCCUCGGCGCUCGUAUGCUUUUACGUCUUUGUCAUGCCCGCGCUGAGAAGGCUUUCGGGUCUCCAUGGCGACUCCAGUCUCGCGAGAGUCACGGUCGAGAUCCAGAACGAGAUGCGUCUCGACCCGCGGCCCGAAUUCCACCGUGUCAUCAUCACCGUCGGACCGGGGGGAAAGCUCCUGGCGUCGAGCACAGGAAGUCAGCGGAGCAGCGGCAUGCAUUCAAUGGCGAGCGCAAACGGACUCGUGUGCGUGCCAGCGGCCAGCGAGGGCUCACCGAGGAGCUUGGCAAAGGGCUCAACAGUCGAAGCGAUUCUCCUCGGCGCGCUCAAUUGAAGUGACCAAACACAUUCUGUGCCUUCGCCAACUUCACAAAUGAGGAUGGCAUCUUCACAACAAAUCAUGCAUCUGACCUAGAGUCUCUCUGAAAUCUGAUUGCAACUCCAGUUCACCCUCUGUAGAACUUGCUCGGCACAAAUGGCAUGCCCGUGACUUUUGCCUG